UAUAUGGAGGAAGCGAUAAAAGACACCAACGGCUGGGACACCUUGCAUAGAUACCGUGACUCUCACAGUCAACAAUUUGGAGAUGCAAGCGAGGUCGGCCAAUCCAGCAUGGCGAACACCAGCUUGGAGAAGAAUGAACCAAUGGUUCCUGAUAGGGAUUCUUUUGUGGAAACAUCGCAGUCAGCUCCUGGGAUAGACAUCACUCUUCCACAAGGCCUAGGAAACUGCAUUGAACGCAUUGGUCCGCACCUCCUAGGCCACGAAUCAAGGAAUGAGUCUUGUCAGCCGUACAUGUUUCAUCGCAGAUCCUUCUCUGGCGAAGAGCCCUCAUUUGCUCCCAUACUCUCUGCCCCGCCACCCUCGUCAAGACACAGCAGUGCACCUCCACAUAUUCCAGGUCAGCACUACGGUCCGUUUCUUGGCCGAUUCCGAACCUCGGAAGACGCAAAAGUAUACCGCCGUGAUAAAAUGCGUUUUGGAAGAAAGCCAUGGAGAGAUCCCGCUAGUGACCCUACCAUCGCGGAGACGGAACACAACCGUGAUUUCCAUGUAGAACGCAUAUACAACGCCAUGGUUUGUGGAGAUUUUGCACGGGACAACGCAAAGUCUACCGCUUUGAAGAGAUGGGUUCGCGAGCCACAUUACUCGUCGGAUCUCGUCGAAGCAUGUGCUCACAAGGUAUUUGAUUGCUUGCUUGAACAGGUCAAAAAGGGGUUUCGAGGUUGGAACCAAAAUGACUAUGUGAACGAUGAGAGAAAGGGUGAAGAUGACGACAAGGACGUUGACUGUGCAGGCCGUUUAGACAACAUCAUUGCUGCACUACAGCAAGAAAAAUCGAUUUGCGAGAACGUCAUGAGUUCUGCCUGGCAGAUACGGAUGUUUGUAAACGCACCCAAGGCGUACGCUAAGCGCAAGGAUCAAAAUCGCAUAGGGAACAGCAAGCGACCAAAUGCAAAAAGCAACGAAGGCGCAGAAGGUGAAUCGCGUCCGUCAAAGAAGCGGAGGAACACGGUACAAAGUAAACAGGCACCGCAGCGUUCACUGUUGACCGAGUCUGGAUUGUCGCAAAGCUCACUCCCUCGGGAGCAGUACCGGCCACAUUGCCAGCCGGCUAUGGAGAGGCCUCCAGAAUCAAGGUCAGCCGCACAGGAACCUUCCAUUCAGUUUUCUCCUUAUUCACAUGGCGGUACCUUUAGCCACCAAGGAACUAUCGCUUUGGCGUCGGCGACAUCAUCGAGGCAGGCUCCUCUGACUCCUCGACAGGAAAGCCACUAUCGCGUCGCGUCUAUGCCAGUGGUGCAACAACCCCCCUUCUCCCCUCUGCCAAUCUCACCCGGGACCAUACCUGAGGCGGGUACACCAGGUGAUGCGAGGCUAGCGGCCAUAGCCCACAGCUAUAGCGGGUGGCAAGGUGCACCUCACUCUGACUUUUCAUUCGACACAUCCCAACAGCUGGACAAUGCCAAUUAUACAAUGGCUAGAGACAACCAGCAACGUAUCCAGCCUUUUGCCGGCUACAGUAUGCCUGACUAUGACAAUACGCUGGAGCAGCCUGCUCCUCCGAUGGGGAUAUGUCUUACCAACACAGAAAUUAUCCCCUCGCUUACGACGGAGGAGGAAUUGCAAGGAGAUAUCUUCCAGCAGUAUUGGGCGCAACACCAUUCAGAUCUAUAA